UCUUUAUAUUGUGGAAUUUUAAGCACUGUUGUUAAAUUCAUUUUUGUGCUCUUCUUUGGUUAUUACAUUAUUUUAAAGCUGCUUAGUAAAACUACAACAAAAAUUGUCCUCCUCAUUGAAUUUUCCUUUUUUGGUGAUUCGGCCUUAAUUGAUAGGCUUUAUGCGAUUAACCUUGCCUUGUUCCUUGUGAACCUUUGAUGUGAAAAGCGAUGGCUUAAAAAUUAUUUGAACAAUCUCAGCUAUUUUCUGUCAACAUAAUUUUUAUAAAUGUUAACAAAAACAAAUAAGAGAGAUGGUUGGUGUUAUAGGAAACAAGAAAAUAUGACGGUGUAUAUCACUAGACGGGAAUCAUUCAGUGCCGCACAUAGGUUACAUAACCCUGGACUGAGUGCUCAGGAGAACCUGAGAAUAUUUGGGAAAUGUAAUAAUCCUCACGGUCAUGGUCAUAACUACAACCUAGAGGUCACAGUUCGGGGUAAACCUGACAGGGAAACAGGAAUGGUAAUGAAUAUCACUGAUAUUAAAACUAUCUUAAACGAAAAUGUUCUGAACCUGCUAGAUCACAGAAAUAUUGAUAAGGAAGUAGACUGGUUUAAGAAUGGUAGAUGUAGUACUGCAGAGAAUUUGGUCAUUUUUAUUUGGAACCAGAUUCAUCCCCUCAUCCCUCAUCCAGCCGUUCUAGACCAGGUUAAACUCUGGGAAACAGAAAAGAACAUUGCAAUUUAUAGAGGAGAAGAAUGAUCAUUUUGAUACAGGGUGUCCUAAGUAACGUUUUGAUUUGUGAAAAUUUCAUUAAAUAAACUUGUUUAUAUUUAUAC